GCCGAAGUAUUUUGCGUGUAUAAGUGGGCUCAUAUGAUCAUUAGUUUGUAAAAUUACUUGAUUUGUGCUGCAAGUAUAAUUUGAAAUGAGUGAUUUAAAGGUCGGAGUUGUUAUUCCUGCUGCAGGACGUGGAACUAGGCUAGGGGGCCCAGUGUCAAAACAGUAUCGCAAAAUUUUAGAUAAACCGCUUCUUAUGUACUCACUUGAAGCAUUCCUGGAUAUAACAUGGAUCAAUAAAAUAAUAUUGGUGGUAGAUAGUAUGGAAAAGGUUCAAGCAAUGUUGCAAGAGUUUGGUUAUGAAACUUCCUCUAGAAUUGUAUUAGUCAAAGGAAGAGAAACUCGCCACCGUUCAAUUAAAGCUGGUGUUCUGGAGUUACAAAAACAGUUCUCUGAUGAAGUGAAUGUUGUGGUGGUUCAUGACGGAGCACGACCUAUAGUACCACCGUCUCUGGUGAUGGAGCUAGUACGAGGCGCAGAACAGCACGGCGCGGCUGGCGCAGUCAGACCUCUAGUGUCCACUGUACUGCGUGUCACAUCUGACAGUUUCCUGGCUGACAGCCUAGAUCGUUCCUUGCAUGUCGCAAGUGAGACCCCUCAGGCUUUCCAGCUGGAAAUAUUAACAAUGGCUUACAACAAGUGUUCAGAAGAGGACCUUAAUUAUGGCACAGAAUGUCUUGCGUUAGUUCUAAAGUACUGUGGAACAAAGGCAAAACUGAUCCCAGGUUCAGAGGAUCUUUGGAAAGUCACCCAUAAACAAGAUCUUUAUCUGGCUGCUGUGACCAUAAAACGGAAAAACAACAAUGUGUGCAUCAUCAGCACUGAGAAGAAUGCAAUUAUUAAUACUCUGGUUGACAGUCUUAACAUAUCUGCGGCCCAGACUGUGCGUCAUGUUGUUUCACCAGAAGAUACUGACUCCAACAACACUGAUCAACACACUUUCAACAUUGUAAUCUGCUUCCAUCAGCAGGAGAUACAGGAUACCCAGCUUGUAGAUUUUGCUCCUAUGUUAGACACUGUAAACCAGGGUCUAAUAAUCCAUGUGAUUUGGAAUGCCAGUGUGGAGGGUCUACAGACCAAGAGUGUUUACAGUCUGCAGAAGUCUGGGCGUAGCAUGUCUCAUCAUUAUGACAAACUGCGCAAAGGUGUUGUGGUAAUACACUGCAUCUCAGGGAAUGAGGAGAGUCAACUCAUUUCACUUCUAACAACUCUUGUUCAAGCCGAUCCACUAACCUUCUCUGGACAGACCCUAUUCAUCUGAAUAAUUUAAGUUUCAUCUGUUUGAUCCGAAUCUCAUUCGUUACUUUAUGUUUGUUUUUUGUGUGUUAUUUUAUGACUUAUUGAAUAAUUGAUCGUCAGUUUUUUGUCUUGUGAAGUAUAAAAUAAGCAAGCAUUGAUACGGUUUAAAAUUCAAAUUACUAUAAAUUAACAUCCAUCCUAAUAAUAUACUUGAUACUUUCUCAAAGAUUUCCAAGUUAAGUCAGUAUUAAUAGUUUUAAUACCCUUAGACAUUUAGUUUAGUUAUUAGUUAGAUGAGUCAGGGCAAAACAUUCAGAUAACCUGAUCCUGGGCUGAU